AUGCCAGCGCAUUACCUACCUCAUCGCCCGGUUAUUAAAGAAAAAGGUACGACCAAGAUUAGACCAGUGUUUGAUGCGUCUUCAAAAGGUCCCAACCAUCCCUCAUUAAAUGACUGUUUAGAAACAGGAAUAAAUUUAAUCGAAACUAUUCCUUCGAUUUUAGCAAGGUUUAGAGUAGGAAAAAUAGGGGUUGUUGCUGACAUUAAAAGGGCCUUUUUGCAGAUAUCAGUGAAUAAAGAAGACAGAGACUUUUUACGCAUUUUAUGGUAUAAUAAGAACAAUGAAUUAACCAUUUUUCGUCAUACGAGAGUAGUUUUCGGCGUUACCAGUAGCGCUUUUCUCUUGUCAGCGGUUCUAGACCACCAUUUAUACAGAACAUCAUUAAGUGAGAAGGAAACAAGAGUGAUUUCAGAAAAAAUAAAAAAUAAUUUUUAUGUAGAUAACUGUGUAACAAGUGUGCAUGAUAAAUUUGAGGCUCAUACUUUCAUAGAAGAGAGUACAAGAAUAAUGAAAGAAGGAAGAUUUGAGCUGAGGGGGUGGGAAACUACCGCUCUUGAUCCAUUUUCUUUGCAAGAAGCUAAAUCUAACGUUCUGGGACUCGUCUGGGAUAAAAAUUGCGAUUCUUUAGAGAUUGAUCCUACAUGUCUUGAAUUUGAAGAAAAAGCACUUACAAAAAGGAAUCUCCUUUCUCUUGUGGGAAAAUUUUUUGAUCCCAUUGGUUUUCUAGCUCCAGUUUUCAUUCAACCUAAGCUUCUGCUUCAAGAAAUGUGGAAAACGAAGUUAUCAUGGGAUAUUGAAGCAAGUGAAGAUAAAAAGAAAAGAUUCUUGAAAUGGAAAAAAGACAUACCUCUUUUGCAAAAUAUUAAAAUCCCAAGAUGGUUAGGCAUUACACCAGAUAUAAAUAUUAGCUUCCACACAUUUGUAGAUGCAAGUCAAGUUGCUUAUGCCGCUUGUGUCUUCAUUAGAUGUGAAUAUUCAGGAAGAGGAGUCAGUGUUCAGCUUCUGCAAGCAAAGGCUAGAAUAACUCCCUUGAAGCCUAUCACUAUUCCUCGACUUGAGCUCAUGGCCGCAACCAUAGGAGCAAGACUUUAUAUAUCUUUAAAGGAAUCUCUGAACUUAGAGCAGGUGAGAUCAUUCUUCUGGACCGAUUCAUCUACCGUUUUAGCUUGGAUAAAGAGACCAGAUCAAUGGUCGGUUUUUGUGAGAAACAGAGUCAAUGAGAUUAGGAAACUAACAGAAGCAGACAAUUGGUUCCACAUAAUUGGCCGUGAAAAUAUUGCGGACUUACUGUCAAGAGGAUGUGGAGUGAAACAGUUACUGAAAUCAUCCUGGUGGUUAGGUCCUUCAUGGUUAAAACAAACUGAAGAUGACUGGCCUAAAUCUUCGGUUAAUAUUAAUGAAGAAGAAAUUGAAAAGGAGAAACUCAGAGUGGCAGCCUCUGCAAAUAACAGCAAAGUAUUUUCCAUAGCAGUUUAUUUUGCUGAAAGACACUCAAAAUUUUCGAAGAUAGUAAGAAUUCUAGCAUGGAUACUACACUUUCGUCCAAAAGCUAAGAACUCUCAAAAGCUGGAAAAAAUUACCGGGGACGAAAUUACUAAUUCUGAGAAGACUCUUUUUCGCUGCAUUCAAAGGGAAUGCUUUAUCAAUGAGAAUGCCAAGAAAACACUUCAAGGUUUACAAGUCUAUGAAGAUAAUGACGGAAUUUUGAGAAUGAAGUCCCGAAUAUUUAAUGAAACUGAGACAGAACAAUUUUCAUUUCCCAUUAUUCUACCUUCAAAGCAUCCAUUAGUUAAAAGAAUUAUUGAAGAACAACAUAUCUUGAACAAACAUGCAGGACCACUGAUAUUAUUAACAAUUCUGAGAGAAAGAUUUUGGAUUGUAAAAGGACGAAAGACUGUUCAUUCGGUUGUAAGAGAUUGUGUUAUUUGCAGGAGGCAAAGAAUUAAACAUCUGGAGGCUCCUCUGCCACCUCUUCCUUCCCAUAGAACAGAAUUGUCUGCUACAUUUCAAGUUACAGGGGUGGAUCUGGCAGGUCCCCUUUUUACGAAGUCAGGAAGCAAAAUUUGGAUUGUGAUAUUUACUUGUGCAGUUUACAGAUGUGUUCAUUUGGAGUUGGUGGAAUCAAUUAGUACUACAACCUACGCUAUGAGAAGAUUUAUUGCAAGACGUGGAAGAAUUUCUGUACUUUAUUCCGAUAAUGGGACGAACUUUGUUGGAUUAGAUAAAUCUCUAAAGAAAUUAGACUGGGACAAGAUACAGAAAGAAUUUGAAGUUUCUCAAAUCAAAUGGAAGUUUAACCCUCCAUCAGCCCCAUGGUGGGGAGGAUUUUGGGAAAGUCUAAUAAAAAUUCUCAAGAACCUUCUCCGAAAGAAUUUAGGACGUUCUUCCUUAAAUUAUGAAGAACUUCUAACAUUAGUUUGCGAAUGCGAAGCAGUAAUGAACAAUAGACCUAUAACAUAUGUCUCAGAGGAUCCAGAGCUUAAAACAUUAACCCCAGCAAUGUUUCUACGCAAUCUACCUAUGACAGAUACACCUGACUUGGACAGCAUAGAAAGAACAUCCCUAAAUAAAAGAUUAAAUUAUUUACAAACUGUUCGCGAUCAUCUUAGAAAAAGAUUUAGAGUUGAGUAUCUUGGUUUUCUUCGCUCGAAAUCCACGAAAAUUCAUGAUUUGAUAGCAGUGGGAGACAUUGUCCUGAUCGGUAGCGAAGAUAAGAAGCGUCUGGACUGGCCCCUGGGAAAAGUAGUUCAGCUUUUCCCAGGAAAAGAUAAUGUCGUACGAUUAGUACAUCUGAAGACUGCAAAGGGCUUUGUGAUGAGGCCAAUACAGAGACUGUAUCCUCUUGAACUUAGAGAGAAUGACAGGUCAGACCUUCCUGUGUUCAUCCAACAAGAGCCAAGAAAUAUUCCAAUCUGUGCUGAGGCUGUGAGGGACAGUGACUCUGGUGAUGCACCCGUCACUGCACCGUCAUAG